UUCAUGGGAGAGGUGGGGUCUGUGGCUGGUUUCGGACCAGCUGCCCGUGACCUUGAGGUGGGCGGCGGCCAGUCACUCACUCGCUGAUGUGCCCCGGUGGGAGGGGAGUGUAUGUAGAGAAGGGAGCCACAGGAAGGUAAGGAGUUUGUAGCAGCCCGGCCACCGGCCUCUUGGAGCUGGGCUCUGGACAGAGGCCUGGAGUUGUGCUCCUUUAGGCCGAGUGAAGCAGGGCCGCUGCUGACGGGGCUGUCAGGCUGUACAGAGCGGCUGGAGUGAUGAUGAUUGGAGCAUUGUUACCUACGACGCUUGCAUCAGGGAGAGUCGUGCACAUGAAAACAUUUAAACGAUGGAGCGACCUAAGCAAGUUCGGAUUCUGCAGCUCAAUGAAUGGGACAAGCUUGAAAGAACGCUUUUUCGGCUCAAACAAGGAUAUGAAUUGCAGUUUCGCCUUGGUCCAUCUUUACAAGGAAAGGAUGUCCAUGUGCAUACCAACUAUCCAGUUGAUACAGAUAGUUUUGACCGUCAUCACUUUCAGUUAGUGCAUUGGCAGAAUACAAUAGGAGGAGAUGACUCUGAUAGAUACUGUGCAAUUGAUCUGCAGAUAGCUGGAUCAUUUCAAUUUUAUUUUAGCUACGGACAUAAUCAAAAGAUUAGUACGGGCUUUAUAGUCGUAGAUCCUAUUCUACGUGUUGGACAUGACAAUCGAAUUCUGCCACUGGAUUGCAUUUGUGCACAGACAUUCUUAUCCAAAUGUUUGGGACAAUUUGAUGAAUGGGAGGACCGGCUGAACGUUGCCAAGCAGUCAGGCUAUAAUAUGAUACAUUUUACUCCAUUACAAACUCUUGGACUAUCCAGAUCAUGCUAUUCCUUAGCAGACCAGUUGGAACUAAACCCUGAUUUUUCUCGGCCUGAUAAAACUUACACUUGGAGUGAUGUUGCGAGGCUAGUGGAAAAGUUAAAGAAGGAAUGGAAUGUACUCUGCAUUACAGAUGUGGUCUACAAUCAUACAGCUGCCAACAGUGGCUGGCUGAAGAAGCACCCAGAAUGUUCCUACAACGUUUUAAAUUCCCCUCAUUUGAAACCUGCCUGGCUUCUAGACCGAGCCUUGUGGCAUUUAACUUGUGAUGUGGCUGAAGGGAAAUAUCAGGAUAGGGGACUGCCUGCUCUUAUUGAAAGUGAAAGCCACCUCGAUUCUAUCCGCAGAAUCAUAUGGGACGAAAUCUACCCUAAACUGCGGUUAUGGGAAUUCUAUCAAGUGAAUGUUAACAAAAUCCUUGAUGACUUUCGAGAUGCACUCCAACAUGGUGAGAAGAAAAAGUGUGACACCAAACAGCCUCUUAAGAUUAUCCAGGAUCCUGAAUUUAAGAGAUAUGGCAGUACUGUUAAUAUGAGCUUAUUACUGAAAAUGUUUGUACCUCGUGGUAAUAGGCCAGAUGAAAUACAAGAAUGCUGCAACUGGGUCAGUAAAAAAUUGGAAGAAUUAAAUAUGGAACGCUAUCAGGAAGCGCAUUGGCAUCAGGAGCAGGCUGUGAACUGCACGUUGGCGACUGUAAGUUAUGAGCGCCUGGCAAACUAUGGCCCCAGACUUGGACCUGUAACUGAAAAGCAUCCUCUAGUGACCAGAUACUUCACGUACGAUUUUGAAGUGAUGCCUUUGGAGCAGGAGGAGCCAAUGAUGUAUCAACCAGAGAAAGCAGUGUAUUUUAUGGCCCAUAAUGGCUGGGUGAUGGGUGAUGACCCUCUAAGAAAUUUUGCUGAGCCAGGUUCUAAUGUUUACCUAAGAAGAGAAUUGAUUUGCUGGGGUGAUAGUGUUAAACUGCGAUAUGGAAAAAAGCCUGAAGACUGCCCUUACCUUUGGGCUCACAUGCAGAAGUAUACAGAAAUAACAGCCAAAAUCUUCCAUGGGGUGCGGUUAGACAAUUGCCAUUCAACACCUAUUCGUGUCGCUGAGUAUAUGCUGGACACUGCCAGAAAAAUACGACCUAACUUGUACGUAGUAGCAGAACUAUUCACUGGAAGUGAAGAGACGGAUAAUGUCUUUGUGACUAAACUUGGCAUAAGUUCCUUAAUACGAGAGGCAAUGAGUGCCGCUGACAGUCAUGAGGAAGGAAGACUGGUUUACCGUUUUGGAGGACUACCUGUUGGAUCUUUUGCGCAGCCAUCUGUAAAGCCUCUAGUACCCAAAAUUGCUCAUGCUUUGUUUAUGGAUGUUACCCAUGAUAACGAGUCCUUGAUUCAGCAUCGUUCUGCUUAUGAUCCUCUUCCCAGUUCAACUAUUGUUUCUAUGGCUUGUUGUGCCUCAGGAAGCACAAUGGGUUAUGAUUACCUAGUACCCCAUCAGAUAUCUGUGGUUUCAGAAGAGAGGCUAUACCCUAAAUAUAAUCCUAAUACACAUCCAGGGCAUUUAGGGGAGGUAAAUCAACAGAGUGGAAUCAUUGCAGGAAAACAUGCAAUUAACAAACUUCACCGUGAACUUGGAGCUAAUGCCUUCUAUCAGGUGUAUGUGGAUCAAGUGGAUGAAGACAUUGUGGCAGUAACACGACAUUGCCCAAAGAGCCACAGCUCAGUAGUGGCUGUGUCACGCACUGCAUUUAGAGACCCAGCAACAUCUUACUAUAAGUCUGAUCUACCUUCAAUGUGUAUCCCAGGUAAAAUAGAAGAGAUUGUGAUGGAGGCCAGGACGGUGCAGAGGAAAGCUGAUCCUUAUGAAAGAGACGUGCAUUGCAUUAAUGGAUUACCUCAAUAUACGGUGGAUAUCGAAGAGCACCUUCAGUUAAAAGACAGCAAAAUUGUUAAAACGGAGGUAACUUCUAAAGAUCGCAAUGACUAUGUGUAUGAAAUUAAGUUUGAAAACUUUCCUCCUGGAAGCAUCAUUAUCUUCCGGGUGAGCCUCGAUCCAAAUGCCCAGGAAACUGUUGGAAAGCUCCGUCAUCAUCUUGCUCAGUUUAGUCCUCAUUAUAAAGCUGGCAGUAUUCCUGACAUGCAUGCUCUGCCACCACUGACUAAUUCAUUUGCAUCCAUUGCUUCCGGCAUUACACUGGCUGAUCUUAAUCUGUUGCUUUACCGAUGUGACUUUGAGGAACAGGAAGAUGGAGGAGGCUGCUACACUCUUCCAAAUUUUGGACCCUUGAAGUAUGCAGGUUUGCAAGGGUUCAUAUCAGUACUUGCAGACAUUAGACCUGGGAACGACCUGGGACAUCCUUUGUGUGAAAAUCUGAGGGCUGGAGACUGGAUGAUGGACUAUAUUUCUAGUCGUUUGAUUACACAUGGAGGCAAACUUGAAGAGAUUGGUAACUGGUUUCAAGCAAUGUUUGCUUACCUCAAAUGCCUUCCCCGCUACCUUAUCCCGUGCUACUUUGAUGCAAUCCUUGUAGGGGCAUACACAACCAUAAUGGAUAUAACGUGGAGCCAAAUGUCAAGCUUUGUGCAAAAUGGCUCAACGUUUGUGAAGCAUCUUGCUCUGAGUUCGCUGCAGAUGUGUGGAGUGGGAAGAUUUCCUGCUCUUCCAAAACUGUCUGGUUGCAUAGAAGGUGUUCCGUAUAGACUUAAUUACAUUACUGGUGAGAAGGAGCAAUGCUGCGUUUCCUUAGCAGCCGGGCUGCCACAUUUUGCUGCUGGUUUAUUCCGCUGCUGGGGAAGAGAUACGUUCAUUUCUCUCAGAGGUCUAAUGCUGGUAACUGGACGCUAUGUAGAAGCCAGGAAUAUAAUCCUUGCAUUUGCCAGCACUCUACGGCAUGGCCUAAUUCCAAAUUUACUCGGUAAUGGAGUAUGUGCUCGAUACAAUUGUAGAGAUGCUGUCUGGUGGUGGCUUCAGUGUAUUCAGGAUUACUGUGUGAAGGUUGAAAAUGGAGUGAAAAUUCUCAAAUGUCCUGUAUCACGCCUAUACCCUACUGACCAGUCUCCACCUCUUGAGCCAGGCACUUUGGAUCAGCCCCUACAUGAUGUCAUUCAGGAGGUCAUGCAGCGCCAUAUGGAAGGUGUACAGUACAGAGAAAGAAAUGCUGGACCUCACAUGGAUUCACACAUGAGAGAUGAAGGUUUCAACGUUACUAUAGGGGUGGACCUAGAGACAGGCUUUGUGUUUGGAGGACAGCGAUACAACUGUGGUACUUGGAUGGACAAAAUGGGGGAGAGUGAAAUAGCUCAAAACAAAGGAAUUCCAGCUACACCAAGAGAUGGAUCUGCAGUUGAAAUUGUUGGCCUCAGUAAAUCAACUAUUCGGUGGUUGAUGGAACUACACAAAAAUUCCUUGUUUCCUCACAGUGGAGUCAAGGCACAUAAAGAUGGAAAAGAAAUAUUGAUUACAUAUGCACAGUGGAAUGAAAAAAUACAGCAGAACUUUGAGAAGAACUUCUUCGUUUCCGAAGAUCCAGCUGAUCCCUUUGAAAAGUUUCCCAAUCUGGUCCACAAAAGGAACAUUUACAAAGACAGCUGUGGUGCUUCCAGCCCAUGGUGUGACUAUCAACUGAGACCAAACUUCCCUAUAGCAAUGGUUGUAGCCCCGGAGCUUUUCCAGCCAGAAAAAGCCUGGAAAGCUUUAAAGACUGUAGAGAAGAAGCUGCUUGGACCUCUGGGAUUGAAAACGUUAGACCCAGAUGACAAAGUUUACUGUGGCGUAUAUGAUAACUCAUUCGACAGUGGUGACUUCAACAUAUCUAGAGGCUAUAAUUACCACCAAGGACCGGAGUGGCUGUGGCCUGUUGGAUAUUUCCUACGUGCAAUGUUGCAUUUUUCAAAAGUGAUGGAAACGAAAUUGUAUGAAGACACUAUAUAUUUAGUGAAGAAUGUUCUUUCUCAUCAUUAUGAUUACUUGGAAAAAUCUCCCUGGAAAGGUCUUCCAGAGCUUACAAAUGAAAAUGGAGGGUACUGUCCCUUUAGCUGUGAAACCCAGGCUUGGUCAAUAGCUACCAUCCUAGAAGUGCUGUAUGAGCUUUGAAGUGCAGUAUUUUCCUGUUGCCAAUUGCAAUGUAUCAACUCAAGAAGUUCCUUUUGUGCCCUCCAUAGUUUUAAAUACUAUUUGCCAUUUAACUGUACGGUUUCUAUGAUACAAUUAAAAACAUCAGAUCACAUCACUGGGACAGGACGAAGUUGUGACCUAAAGUGUUAUAUUAUCUCAAUGUGUUAAAAUAAUUAGUAUAAAAGGAGCUUUUUAAAUUAGUGAUAUAAAGUGAUUGUGAUAUUAACUGAUGUGAUCUUAAGUGCUUCUUGUCUGGCUCAUCUGCUUCUUGUCAGGCUAUCAGAAAUGUUGCACUGACCUGAAACUAGGUUUAAACUGCCUAUCCAACAGUGUGUAGACCUGAAUCUAGAGCUUGAAAUUUGAAUGGCUCGUGACUGUUUACUUAUAAAGGAUGCACUGUGCAAAUUACAAUUUGAACUUCAUUGUUGGUGUCAUCAAUAUUGUGCUUAUCGGCCAAGAUGCACAUAACUAAAUUAACGCAUUACCAAUGGAUUGGAAAAUUAGAAUUUUACAGCAAUAUUGAAUCAUGUUCGUAAAUGUUUUGGAUGAGUCGCGAUAGUGAGGUAAUGUUCCAGAGAAGCAUUAUCUUGCAUAAUACUGUGUACAAGAUUAUUUUAAGCCCAACGGAAUGAAAUUUUUUUAUGCACUUGCAUGACAUUUGCACAUUUAGAGUUGUAAUAAAAUUUUAAUGUUCAUGUUUAAUAGAGAAGGAAUUGGGGGCAUGAUUUAUUCAACGUUUUGAUGGUGCUUGUUAGUCUUAGCUCACUGUAUUAAGAUUGUGAUAGAGUAUAGGCACAGAACUAUACAAUAUGCAUGUAUUUUUGUAUCAGAUAUAGGCAAAAAAAAUCAAAAAACGCAUUAAUGCCUGAGAUUAUCUGUAGCUAAUUUCAGUAAUUCUAAGAAUUUCAGCAAAAGAGAUUGUAGAGUUGCCAUCAGUUUUUGAAAGCUGCUAAUGAAAUCUUCCAUGCCAUUCACCACCUAAGUGCUGUUGUCUUUACCAGAAUUGACUGCUUCAUUGUGUUACAACGUGCAGAGUCCAAGUUUGCCUCUUAGAAUUAGAAGCACUUGUACUGGACCAGGCAAAGGAGGAUAAGUAAACUGAUUGGGGGGAUAAGAUCACAGUUUAAAUACCUCAAUCAACUUCCCUAUCUUCAUUCCCAAGUAUAGUAUGUUCUUCAGUCCAACCUUUCAAAUAUUGAAGAAACUAGCCAUAUGUUUGUUUAAAAUGGUGCCACUUUUCACCUAAAAUUGGGGAAGGUCAAAUAUGAAAUACAGCAGCAGUUUCUACAACUAUUUUGUGUAUUCUGAGGAAGGUUGGCUACAAACCAAACAGAAUGUGAUAUUGUCUACAGAUAUGAUUAAGUAUUAAACAAAUCACUCAGA